CAUUUUUUGUAUUGUACGUUAAUGUUGUGACGGAAAUCGAGUCGCGAGGACGUGCGACAAGCGACAUGCGAAGCGCUAUGCAGUCUUAGCAAUCGCGAGUUCAGUGACAAACUAUUCUAAACAGCUCAUCGAAAAUGAAUUAAGACAUCUACCUAAAACAAGGAAUACUACCACAAACACGUAUUAUAAUAUAGUAUUAAAUAAGUUAAGUGAAAAUGGAUGAGGCAUUUGCACAUGUAGAAGGAAGCAACCCCACUAAUGCUAAAAAAGGAACUGUACCACCCGACGGCGGUUGGGGUUACCUGAUAUGCAUAGGUGUGGGAUUCACUUUUAUGUUCGGUUUUGGAUCGUCGAAUGCAUUUGGCAUCUUGUUUAAUAACUUCUUUUUAGAGCAAGGAGGAGCCAGUGGACUACCUCUCGUCAUAGGAGUAUAUAAUGGAGCUCUAUCUAUAGCGGGUUUCCUAAGCGGGAUAGCUUUAAAGAAGUACUCGUUUCGGCAAGUCGGCUUGGUCGGAGCUGGGUUAUUCGUCCUGGGUGAUAUACUGACCAUCUUCGUGCAGAAGACUUAUCAGCUGGUUUUCACAUUUGGUGUAGUGAGAGGAGCUGGAUUCGGCGUGAUGAUUCCAGUAAGCUUCACAGCGUUCAACUGUUACUUCACGAGGAAGCGAACUGCGAUGAUGAGCGCCAACCAGUCUAUGAGCAGUAUGGCGUCCAUCACUUUUCCUAUGCUGGUCACCUUCCUGCUGGCAGAGUACGGCUUCAGGUGGACCCUGGCCCUUAUUAUGGCGAUGGAUUUACAUCUGGUCUUAGCGAUGUUGUUGAUGCACCCUGUUGAAUGGCACAUGAUCAAGGGAAAUAGUGAUCCUGAAUCAUCAAAUUGUGAUGUGCAAAGUAUAAAAAAAAUAAAAUAUGAAUGCAAUGACGAAACUGCAGUAAAAAUGUUGUCAGGUGAAGAUAAUACUGUGGAAAAUAGAGACAAAGAUGUGAAAACGCAUAGUCGACAUGAGUCUAUACAGAAGAAUAUACUAAAAACUAUUUAUAAAAACGUAGAACUGGAUCUGCUGAAGGAUCCCAGAUUUGUGAGCACUCUAGUGGGACUUGGAUUCGCAUUUGUAUCUGACGUCACGUACCUGGCUAUGGAGCCUAUGCUUCUGUUUUCGUAUGGGUUUACCAAGAUGCAAGUGGCAACAUGUGUGAUGGUCGGUGCGAUAGCCGACUUGUUGGCGAGAUUCUUCCUAGCAAUAUUCACUUAUUUCUACACGGUAGAUAGUAGAAGAAUUUUCUUCUUCGGUACUUGUAUCACAGUUGUGUUACGUAUAGCUCUAGUAACAUCUUCGGACAUAAACUUCGUGUUUGCGGUGACUGCUAUCUCAGGGCUGGUGCGAUGUUCGGUUCAGGUGCUGUUCCCUCUAGUGCUGGUCACAGCAGCACCUAACAGGUUCCCCGCUGCUCUGGCACUCCACAUCCUCUUCUCAGGAUGUCUCAUGCUCAUGGCAGACCCUUUAAUAGGUGUCAUUUUCGAGGCUACGGGUAGUUACGUGUACUGCUUCCUGGCUAUGAGCUUCUGUUGUUUCGUAUGUGUAGUGUUAUGGGUCAUAGAAUAUAUCAUGUACCGCGGUAAAAAGACAUGAACACGCCGUGGCCAGAAAAAAGCACAAUGCACACAAAGAUGGUACCUGGAGCGUUUCAAACGAGAAAAUGGAGUGGAGUGGAGUUCAUACGUACGUAAACAGUCUAUAUACUUCUCACUGCUGGGCACAGGCCUCCCCUCAAUCAACUGGAGGGGGUAUGGAGCAUAUUUCACCACGCUGCUACACUGCGGUAUUACAUAUAAGUUCUAGUAGCCCGGGACCAACGGCUUAACGUGCCUUCCGAAGCACGAAACAUCUUAGUUUUCCAGACAAUGAUACCGAUUCCUAUAAAAACCAUCUAAUUUUAUUUGUCACCUGUCAUUUUCUUGUCUACUGAAAAAGAAAGGGAUGGGUAAUCGACAUAAAAUUUAUGGAACGCACGUCAAUUAAAGACAGAAAUUUUGUAUUGUCAAUAAUCCGACAGAAUUAAGUUGACAGCACACGUCAAACGGGUUGCAUAUGAGUGAAAUGGCUAUUUGAUUCGCCCGGGUUAUUCCUUCAUUUUAAAAUUAACAGUUGUCAAUCAUCCGUCUAUUUUUUUCGGUGGAUAAGAAAAUGCCAGGUAUAACUUAAAAUAAAAUUAGGUAGGAUGUGUCGGCAGGAAUGGGGGCCAAUGUGUAGAUUCAACCUGCAAACUUACAAGUUAAACAAAGGACAGUCUUAUAAAGUGAUUUCGACCAUGUCCCGUGAUCGUAGGUCUAACGUUCUAUCCACUAUUUACUUCACGGAGGCUGUUUGGACACAAUUAUUUAAAUAACACAUUUUCGAUCAUUAGUGAUAGAAUGAACUAGAACAAUUCGUAAAUUCUCGACCCGAAAUGCUCCUGAAAUCACCUCUGUUAAGUAAUUGAGUUUUAUCCAGUGUUCAGACCCUUUAGCAUAAUAGCAGCAAUUUAGUUAAUUAAAUAGCAUUUCACAUAAUCAGUUGAGCAAUUUUGGUAGGCACAGUCAGAAGCAAAUAGUGACAGUCAAGGUACUUAUACAUAUAGUUAGCAACAUCCAGAAUGUCCAAUAUUAAUUAAAGACGUUCAAGGUGGCCGUAUAGAUAGUAACACUCUAAGUGUUAGAAGCAAAUGAUGAUUUUGGCUUUAUGAUCCCUAGAAACCCUUGUUUUUGAUAGUAGUGCAAUUCAAGAAUGGGAAUAUUUUAUGAAAUUAUAUUUUAAGUAAUAAUAAGCCUAAUAUAUAUGGGUAUUUCUAUAAAAUAAUUAAUUUUGAAAAGUGUCUUAUAAUUUUCAUCUUUUGCGGUCAUUGACCACCAAAAUAGCUCUACUUAUUCCGAUUAUUGCUCAUUUGAUCAUAACAGUCAUGUUUUUUAGAUUUUUAGAAAUAAAAAUAGACAAAUGUAAUAGAAAAAUUAUUGUUAAGUUUGAACAAUGCGAAUGAAAAGAUAUUUAAAUUAGUAAUGUUGUUAUAGGUAUAUUUUAUAAAUAGAUAAAUAAUGACUUUAUAACUAGAUGCGUAUAUAAACAGAGAUUUAUGAUUUUAUGGCUAGGUAAACUUUAUUUAAGUUUUAUAGGUUAUUAGUUUUGAAGAAAAGAUUAUAUUUUGAUCAAAUAUACCUACUAAUGUAAGUACUUAUAGUAAUGUAUGAAUGCGUGUCCAUAAUUAUGUAAAUCUAUAAAAACAUAUUUUAAGAUUUGUAUUGUGACCCGAAGAAAUAUUUAUUAGGUCAGAAUAUUAUGCAUAAUUUAAGCAAAAUGUUGUUUACGUAAUAAAAUGCUUUUAUAUGAAAA